AAGAGCAUUUGACUUCGUUUUAGAGAGAAAGAGACGAAAAGAAAAGGAAAAAUAUAAGUUAAAAAGGGGGAAUGAGAAGGGAGAAGAAGAAGAAAAAAAUUCGAUCGGAUUGAAUCCAAUUUUGACGUCCGCAAGGACACCAUACACAUACUUUCUCUCUCCCCCUCCCCCUCUCUCUCUCUAGACGCAUUUCUUUCUCUCUCUAGAUACAGCGAAGAAAACCGGGCGAAACACAACCCACAAAAGAAAUAUACUCAGUGAUAGAGAGAGAAACCCAGAUUUUUCCCCCGCCCCGCCGAGAGCAGAGAAGCAAACCCUAGUGGAUUGCAAGAGGGAGCAACAGAAAGUUUAGAGCUUUGCUUCCAUAACCGUGAAAAUAGUGUAUUUUCAAUACUGGGAGAGAGAGAAAAGGAAGAAGAGUUGGAUUAGCAUAGGGGAAAAUCUUGGAAAGAUUUUUGGUGGAGAGACAUAUUGAUUAAAAAGAGUAGCUUUUGCGGCUUACAGUGAGUCUCCUUGUGAGCUCUGCAUGCUGAGAGCAGCUCAGAAACCAGCUGGCUUCCAGAGGAUAGAGCUGCUGCUCUAGAAUGUACAAGAGUGAAGGUUGUCCUUUGGUUCAUGCCUACUUUGUGUUUGGUGACACGCAGCUCUACAUGCUUAGGCUGCAUAAAAGAUACUCGUCUUUGUUGACACACCACAACAAUAAGGAUUCAGUAGUCUCUAGCCUUGGACGUGGAGUUGAAAUGAUAACUAAGUCCACCUCUAUGUUUGACUUAAGUCGCUUUUUUCUGUGAGUUUAGGAUUAUAAGUUCAAUUCAUGUUGUUUUAGGGUAGGUCACUACUUCUGAAAAAGAAAGUUUUGCCUAGAUUGUAUUUCUUGAUAAUAUGGUUCCGUCGGGGCAGCCUACUCCAAUCGGUGGGUCCCAAUCUGUUUCUCCUCAACUUCUGAGAUCGAAUUCGGGAAUGCUUGGAGCUCAAGGAGGUGCUUUGUCCUCACAAUCUGCAUUCCCUUCUUUAGUCUCUCCACGUACUCAGUUUAAUAACAUGAAUAUGCUUGGAGGUGUGCCCAAUAUGUCGUCUUUACUCAAUCAGUCUUUUGGUAAUGGUGGUCAAAACCCGGGUCUUUCUGGUCCUGGAAGUAGUCAGCAUAGAGGUAUGGACACUGGUGCUGAGUCAGAUCCACUUUCGGCUAAUGGAAUGGGGUUCAGUUCCCCUUCAUCUUCUUUUGUGCCAUCUUCAAAUAUGGUCAGCGCUGGUCCAUCUGGUCAAGGUCAGGGUCAGCAGUUUUCAAACCCUCCUUCUGGUAGUAACCAGUUAUUGCCAGAUCAGCAGCAGCCACCUCAACAGCUUGAUGCUCAGUCGUUUCAGCAGAGUCAGCAGCCGAUGCAGCAGUUUUCUGCCCCUCACAGUACUCAGCAGCAGCAGCACCAGUUUCAGACUGUGAGAGGAGGAAUGAGUGCUGUGAAGAUGGAACCACAAGCGACUAAUGAUCAACAUGGCACACAACAGCAGCAGCAGCAACAACAGCAGUUGCAGCCACUUCGGAACUUAGGUCCUGUGAAGCUGGAACCUCAACAAAUGCAGACAAUGAGAACUUUGGCACCAUUGAAGUUAGAACAACAGCACUCAGACCAAUCAUUGUUCCUGCAUCAACAGCAACACCAGCAGCAGCAGCAGCAACAGCAUCAGCAGCAGUUCCUUCACAUGUCCAGGCAGUCUUCUCAGGCUGCUGCACAAUUGAACCUGUUGCAUCAGCAAAGACUGAUGCAGCUUCAACACCAUCAACAGCAGCAACAACUCUUGAAAGGAAUGCCUCAGCAGCAACGGUCUCAAUUACCACAACAGUUUCAGCCACAGAAUUUGCCUCUUCGAUCUCCGGCGAAACCUGUGUAUGAACCUGGAAUGUGUGCCCGACGUUUAACACGUUACAUGUAUCAACAACAACAUAGACCUGAAGACAACAACAUAGAAUUCUGGAGAAAGUUUGUAGCGGAGUACUUUGCUCCCAAUGCAAGGAAGAAGUGGUGUGUUUCCAUGUAUGGAAGUGGUAGACAGGCACCUGGUGUUUUCCCCCAGGAUGUAUGGCAUUGUGAGAUAUGCAAUCGCAAACCGGGCCGUGGCUUUGAGGCCACUGUUGAGGUUCUUCCCCGGCUUUUCAAAAUAAAAUAUGAAAGCGGCACUUUGGAAGAACUACUUUAUGUUGACAUGCCGCACGAGUAUCCUAACUCGUCGGGUCAAAUUGUCUUGGAUUAUGCAAAAGCAAUACAAGAAAGCGUAUUUGAGCAACUUCGUGUUGUUCGUGAUGGUCAACUGCGAAUUGUCUUCUCACCUGAACUAAAGAUAUGUUCUUGGGAGUUUUGCGCUCGGCGUCAUGAAGAGCUUAUUCCUAGAAGAUUGCUUGUACCCCAGGUCAGUCAGCUUGGUACUGCAGCUCAAAAAUAUCAAGCUGCCACUCAAAAUACAUCAUCCAAUUUGUCUGUUCAGGAGUUGCAAAAUAAUUGUAAUAUGUUUGUUGCAUCGGCUCGCCAGCUUGCAAAAGCCUUGGAAGUGCCUUUGGUGAAUGAUUUGGGGUAUACGAAAAGAUAUGUUCGUUGUCUUCAGAUAUCAGAGGUGGUUAACAGCAUGAAAGAUUUGAUUGAUUACAGCCGAGAAACAGGGACUGGACCUAUGGAGAGUCUGGCCAAGUUCCCUCGAAGAACAAAUGCUUCAUCCGGGUUCAGCGCUCAAGUUCAACCAUCAGAGGACCAACUGCAACAGCAGCAACAACAGCAAACUUCACCAGCACCACCGCCGCAUCAGCAACAGGCAGUUCCCCAAAACUCAAACAGUGACCCGAGCUCCGUCCAAGCCGGGGCAAUGCAAAUUGCUUCUAGCAACGGUAUGCAGUCCGUAAAUAAUGUCCUAAAUCCCCCACCUGCAACAACAACCUCAGCAAGCACCAUCGUCGGACUUCUCCACCAGAACUCCAUGAACUCAAGACAACAACCACAGAGCUCCAUCAAUAAUAAUGCAAGCAGCCCAUACAACUCAGCUCAGGCUCAGGCUCCUUCUCCCGGUUCAUCCAAUACAGUGCCAGCUCAGCAACCACCUAACCCUUCUCCUUUCCAGUCUCCCACUCCUUCCUCAUCCAGUGCUCCACAACUUGGACAUAGUACUCCAGCAAACAAUAUUCCACUGCAGCAACAGCAGCCGGCUCUUUCUAGUGAUGGCGACCAUGGGGAUUCUCAGAGUUCUGUCCAGAAAAUCAUUCACGAUAUUAUGAUGAAUAAUCAAAUGAAUGAUGUGAAGACUGUCAACCCCGCCAACGGGAUUCUGCAGGCAAACAGCAACAUUGGCGGUGGCAUGAUCAACAACUUGAAUAACAUGGGUGGUAGUGGAUUUGGUUCGAUGGGUGGUGUUGGAGUUGGGGGCCAGUCUGUUGCCAUGGCGAACGGGAUGAGAGCUACUGCAAUGGUGGGUGGUGGUGGUAAUAACAAUAACAACUCGUUGAUGAUGAAUGGAAGGAUGGCGAUGGCGUCGAUGGUGAGAGAGCAAGCAAUGAACCACCACCUCCACCAUAAUCAUCAUCAACAACAGCAGGAUUUGGGGAACCAGUUGCUUAGCGGAUUAGGAGCGGUUAAUGGGUUCAACAAUCUGCAGUUUGAUUGGAAACCGUCUCCUUGAAAUACACACAACAUGCUGUUUGUAUUCUCUUGCCAGUCAUGAUGAUGCUGUGACGCAGCUCGCUGCUGUUGUGUUGAUUAUAUGAUCUGCUGCUGCUGCUUGUGCUGGACGCAGUGCAGAGAGCACCAGUGUUGGGCGAGAAUUUGUUGUGGCCCCUGAGAAAAGAGGGAGAGAUAGAGAGAGCAACGAAGCUGGGAUUGCUACGUGGGAUGAAAUGCGUGGGUGGGAUUCUUCUUCCUAAGGUUUUUUUCCUUGCCCCGGCCGCUCACUCACUGUGUACUAAUUUCCAGAGAAAAGAGUGAAACAUAUAGCAUAGGUUUUUUCCCCGUCAAUCAUCAAUGAAAUAUUUAAUCCUCUUCGAAUGCGCCUUGAUAUCGUUUCAGCAUUCUUCCGGGCUAACACUCUUGCAUGGUCUUGAUCCGCAAAUACAAACAAACCCAUUUAGAAGGAGUUCGUUAGUGGUCAGCUUGUUUGCUUGAAUGCAUGCAUGCGGCAUCGUCCGUUGGAUCUGAAAGUAUAAGGAUCUCUGGCUCACUCGAAGUCUCCGAAAUCGCUGGAUUCUAGGAAUCAAAUACUCGAAUCCCAAAUAAACCCUUCUAAGGAAAUGUUGGCUAUAUACUAUAUCAGGUAUCUUGUGCUGUAAAAUUGAGGCUGCAGCAGGAGGAGCAUUCCAAAUACAUAGAGAUGCUUGUUUAUACACAUGUGUCUUAGACCAUCAUCGUCAGAUAAUACUACUGUAACUUGGAGAACAAAGUGGUUGAAUUUGCAAAAAAAAAAAAAAAAAAAAAAGGGCAUUGGAGGAAAUUAUGUUUGUCUUUUGUUCUUCUUCUCAACCAUCAAUGUACUUCUCUAGAGUACUACACAAAGUGGACUUAGGGACAGCACCAAUGAUGCUCUCUUUCCUCUCGCCCUUGUUGAAGAAGAGCACAGUUGGGAUGCUCCUGAUCCCAUACUGGCUAGCAAUGUUGGGGUUCUCGUCGGUGUUCACCUUGUAGCAGGACAGCUUCCCGGCGUACUCCUUGGCAAGCUCGUCGAUCACCGGAGCUAUCAUCCGGCAUGGUCCACACCAUGGCGCCCAGAACUCCACCAGGACUGGGUUGUCACAUGCUAUCACCAGGUUGUCCCAUGUCUUAUCCGUCACUGGUUUAACUGCACAAAGGCUUCUUGAGCUCUGCAAAUGAAGUGGGAUCUCCUUGGUUUGGAAGCUGGUAAGGUGGCGAGUGAGUUGUUGAAAUCUCUUCUUCUGGUGUAAGAUGGGAAGUUGAGCUUGUCUGCUGAGGCAAGUGAAUGGGUUGUGCAGUGAGCAGAGAUUCCAACCUUGCAGGAACUGCUGGUUACUUGAAAGCAAUUUCUCAUAGCCAUUACUGUGAAAUGUGUUCUUCUUAGUUUGUCUGUCUGUAGAUGGAAAGGAGUGGGUGCUGGUAUGGCAAUGUCCUCUGCAACCAACAAACCAGUACUAGUUUUUUGCUGCUGUUGUUUCUGGCUUGGCUUAUUUGUUUUGUUUUGUUUUUGUUGGGUUAUCCCUUUGGGUUUUUGGGGGUGUAUUUCUGAUCUCUAAUGUUCACAUCUGCUCAUUAUGGGGAGUGGAUAUAGUUUCAAAGGGUUUGUGAGGUGUUGGUUGCAUUUCAUGUGGUUGCCUAUUAUUCCUUUCCUUUUUAUUUUCUCACAUAACUAGAGCGCAGACGAAAUAUCUGCCUGAGGGUGGGGCAU